AUGAUGGCCAGGCGGCGGCGCGGCGAGUUUUUCUUUGCAGAGCCCAUAAUCCAUCGCAUUCAAUAUUUUCUCAAUGGAAAAGAAGCUGCCCAAACAACUGUCCUGUCUAAAUCUUGGCGCCAAGCCUGGCUCAAUCGCCCCAACUUGGACUUUGAUAUUUGCUACUUUUCCUCCGUUGAUAAAUUCUUGAAGCUUAUGGGCAAGGCUAUUCAAAGGUAUGAAGAAUCCAACCUAAAUAUUGAGAGUUUCAGUCUAACAAUGGAUAUGUUGAAUAAUUCAUGUGAAAAUCUGAUUAUUAAAGCAUUGGGAAUGGGUGUUCCUCGUCUUAGCCUUCAACUUUCGGCUGCACCUUCCUGUUCUGUUGUGCCGGCUGAGGUGUUUGGAUGCAAAGACCUUGUGAAACUAUCUCUGACUGGGGGCAAAAUCGCCCUUGCUCCCGAGCAUCAAGUACAUCUUCCGAGGCUCAAAUCCCUUAGUUUAAGUUGUGUUAGGCUAGAAAGUGAUGAAGUGAUUUCUGGCUUACUUUCGGGCUGUUCCUUGCUCGAAAAACUGUCACUCGCAUUGUUAUUCGAUGUUACCAUAAGUAUUCUUCCUAACUUGCCAAAGCUAAGGCAUCUGGAGCUGAGACAUCUGACAAUUAACACCUCGUUUUUGGGUGACUUAUCUUGUAAAUUCCCUUUGCUGAGAGAGUUAUCCAUCCAUCACUGCUCUUUCCAAGGGGAUUAUUUACUCAUAUCUUGCCCGACAAUCGAGUGUCUAAACAUCACAAAUAGGUUUGCGAAGACAGCAAGUGUCGAGUUUGAUGUUCCAAGUAUUCGUAAGUUUAAGUUUAGAAGCUGGGAGAAUCUGCCAUCUUCUCUGACUUUCAAAUCAACAAGUUUUAGAGAAUGGGAGUCUCAUUUAUCCAUAACGUCGCAUUGUUGUGUUGGUAAUCUAGGGGUCAUUGGGUUGAACAAAUUAUUAACCAGUUUGGGACAGUCCAAAAUUCAUCUUCGGAUAGAAGUGGUCGACAUACAUAGCUUCAAUUAUGACGUUUGGGAGUUCAAUGGCUUGAAACUGCACAAAGUCGAGGAGUUGACGAUAGAUGGCAUGCACUCCAACAUUCUAUCUUUGACUAGUUUUGCUCUUUUUAAUGGUUUGUUUCGAUUGUGCCGCCCAAAGUUCAUCACUCAGCAGAAUAAGACUCCUUCUCCGAGCGAUUUCCUUUUUAAGAUGUUUCUCAGACACGGAAUAAAUCACGAAUGCUCGGCUAGGAGCCUUUGUAUGUAUGCUCUGCGGCAUCUUGAGGAAGUAAGAGCUCAGAUUUUUGAUUUAGAUGUUGACACUUGGCGGUUUAUCCCAAUGGAUACUUGGGAUGCUUUAAAAGACCAAAAGAAAAUUCGGUUCCAGCUGAUGUGGAGAGAUGAAAGCCAGCAGGUUAAUUAA